AUGGCUGAGACUCAUGACUGGAUUGAUGAGCCAACCUCUUCCUCCAGUGAUGAGGACAUGGCAUAUAUGUGUCUUAUGGCCAACAUCCAGGAGAGAGAAGACUUUAUCAAGGGAUCCUCCUCUACUGCUGCUGCUGAUCUACCUUCUACCUCCAAGGAUGCCAAAGAUCUGGUCAAACCAAAUAAGGUAAACAACUUAUCCUCUCUUUUUGAAUCUGACAAGGUUCAAGCUUAUGAUUCUUUAUCCGUUGAUCUUUACAAUGCUAGAUCUGCUAAGAAGAAAGCUGACCUUGAAAUCAAAAGUCUAACUAGUCAGUUACAUAAAUGCAUGAAUCAACUGAAAGACUUUGAUAAAUUGAAAAAUGACCUGAAAGAACAAAAGUUAAUAAACAAUGUUCUUAACAAAGAAAAAACUAAGGGCUUAGGACACCGACAGAUAUGGUACUUGGACAGUGGAUGUUCAAGACACAUGAUUGGAAACAAGUCCCUGUUGAUCAACUAUGUGUCUGAACCUGGUCCUGCUGUAACCUUUGGAGAUAAUUCCAGAGGUACUACAAAAGGAUAUGGUGUUCUUUCUAACGGCUCGGUUACCUUCAACCGAGUAGCUUAUGUGGAUGGACUGAAGCACAAUCUGCUAAGCAUCAGUCAACUAUGUGAUCUCAACUUCAUUGUGAAGUUUGAAGAAAACCAGUGUACUAUUCUUGACUCUUCUGGCAAGAAGGUACUAACUGGUAUCCGAAAGGAUAAUGUCUAUGUAAUCAACAUGGACUCUUCUAGCCCUUCUGACGCCAACAUCUGUUUCUACUCCGAGUCUACUACUGAUCAAAAUUGGUUAUGGCAUAAAAGGUUGUCCCAUCUCAACUUCAAAACCAUUAACUAUCUUUCUAGUAAAGAUCUGGUUAUUGGACUUCCAAAGAUGUCAUAUGUCAAAGUGAAGCUGUGUGAGUAUAUCUUAUCUUUCUAA